AUGGAAUUUCGCGAAACGUUGUUAGCAGCUCAACGAAAUCAACAACAAAAGUCAUCUGAAAGUCUUUAUUACAAAGCACGCUUCGAUCCACCCAAGAAGGAACAGAAGCAAAGAGACAAGCUAUCAGCAAACAUCCAAAAGUUUUUAGCAAAGAAAGAUGAAGAAGAAAAACAAAGGAAGUUGGAGGCAUUGAAAAAGAGGGAUGAAUUACUGGCUAUGCGAGAUCCAAAAGCCUUAAGAAAGAUCCAGAAAACUUUAAAAGUUAUCAAAUCUGCAAACAAAUCUGUGCUUGCAGAUGCAAUAGACAGAGAUAACACUGCUGUUACAAGAGAAGGUCCUGAUCAGCCAGACCAAGAUGAUUAUGGCUAUGAGUCGCAAGAGGCAGCCGCUCUUUAUCAAAAGAUGAUGGAAAAAUAUAGCAAGAUUCCAGAUGAGCCGAAAUUUCCUACUGGAAAUAACGCAACAAAAAGAGAUCUUAAUGGGACUCGGGAGAGAGUGAAACACGCCUUGAAACAUGAAGAUGAUCCUGUGCCACAUAAGAGACGCAGGAAAGGGGAAAACGGAGAGCGAGAAUCUAGUCCACCUGGAAGAUAUGAACCAGAGAAAGACAAAAAAGAUUCAAAACCCGAGAAGCCAAAAAUACGGAAGCCAAUGCCACCACCAAUUGACUUUAACCAACUGUUGAAGAUAGCUGAACAGAAGAAAAGUGAGCCUGUAGAGAUUGGACAAAAGAAGGUUGCUGUCGAGACUGAAUCUGAAAGGCCUAUGACUAAAAAACAGAAGAGAGAUUAUGAGGAAGAGAUGGCUCGUCGUCAACGUCGACAGGAGAGAAUAGACGCAGAAAAGGGCGGUGGUAAAAGACCCCAACGCGACGAUAGACCGAGAGAAGAAAGGGAACACAAAUCAGAAAGUGCCCCUGGUUUAGGUCGCAUUCCCAAAGUAUCAGACAAACUAAGUAGUUCCAGACAUGAUAGUCCAAGGCCAGACAGAGAAAGAAGUGAACGAGGAAAACUAGAAAAAUUGCAGAGAGAAGAAAGAGAAAAAAUUGAAAAAUUGCAGAGGGAAAAGGAGAGGGCGAGAACAGAUAGAGACAAAGCUGAACGUGAAAAAGAACGAUUAGAAAGAGAGAGACUCGACAAAUUGAAAGCAGAAAGAGAGAGAAUAGAAAGAGAUAUAGACAGACUGAAUCGAGAUAGAGAGAGGUUAGAGAAAGCAAAAUCAAAGCUCGAGAGUAGCAGCAAGAUAUCUGAGAAGCCUAAAACUGUUGACAAAUCAAUAGAUAGAUCAAAGUUAAAUUCCAAAGAAUCAAUCAAACAAGAUAUUAAGAAAAGUAUAGAUUUAAAAAGCCAAAACACAUAUAGGAUAGAUAAAAAUUCUAAUGAAAAGAAAUUCACUAUACCAAGUAAGAAUAGUGAUGGAAAAUACAUAAAUGGGAAUAGCAGUCAAGGCAAACUCGUGCCGAGAUCAAAGGAACACACUGCUCAACCAAAUGGUAUUAAAGAUAAAACUGUAUUAGGAAAACAGAAAACAUCCUUUGGUGAUGGAUCUCUAAAAAGUAAUGAUAAAAGACUGUCAAAUGGAAAAUCCGUGCCUUCAAAAAGACCUGAUGAUAGAAAGACUAUUCCAAGUGAUAAAGCUGGUUCUAGUAAACCGAAGAUUUCUAACAGUUUCGACUUUGACAAACAUGUUAACUCCAUUGGCAGAAAUGGUGCAAGAAAAUCUGAUGGAACUCGUCAAUUCCCCCCUGGUGAUGUUAGGAGAAAAGGUCAACAGAAUGGAAAAAAACCAAAUCGUCGCCCAGUGGACUUAGACUCCGAAUAUGACUCUGAGUUGGAUGAUUUCAUUGAUGAUGGUGAUGAUGAAAUGGACUACUCCAGACACAUCAAAGAAAUAUUUGGAUAUGAUAAAUCGAAGUACAGGUACAUUGACGAUGAUGACGACCCCAGGAUGGAGUCUAGUUUCGCGCAACAGCAGCGGGAAGAAUACAUCAGUAAAAAACUUGGUAUUAUGGAAGACUUGGAAGAUAUGAGAAUGGAGGCAAUGGAAAAGAAGAGGGCGAAGAAACGGGGGCGCAUCAGUGAUGAUGAUGAUUGA